AUGUACUUACCCCUCUCAGGUCAAUAUUUUGACACGCAUCAUACUUGGAGUGUUUGUUGUUCCGCUACUAGCAGUGAAGUUGUAAAAAUUGGGGUAAAUGCUAGACGUAAUGUAACCUACGCUAUCGGUAACACAACAUGGGGAUUCGAGAACGUCGAAAAGCAAUGA